AUGGAGAAAAAUAAAUAUUAUGAUGAGAAUUUAGAGCUGAGUGAUACUGAAGACGUAUUUGACUUUCAAGUGUUAAAAGAUAUUGUGGAAGAUAAUGUUGGUUAUGAUUCUGACGCAUCAAGUAGUGGUAGCGAAAUUAUACUACCAAAGAGACGAAGAAUGAGAAUUAUUGAAAGUGAAACAGAAGAUUCGUUACAAUAUUUAGAUGAAUGGCGUGAUGUUACGGAAAAAUUAGAUAUGCCAGAUAGAAUACCUUUUAGUAUAUUGCCACAGGUCAUUGGACCACAAGUUCCUACAAAUAUUGUACAGCCGAUCCAAUAUUUUAAAUUAUUUUUAACGGACGAAUUGGUAAAUGAAAUUUUAAAAGAAACCAACAAUUACGCAAAAAAUGUUCUAAAGUUGAAAAAAAUAUCUAGUAACUCUAUUUGGCAAACGUGGCGUGAUGUGGAAAAGGAUGAAUUUUGGGCUUUUAUUGGAGUUAUUGUCAAUAUGGGUACGAUACAUCUGGCAAAUAUGCAAGAAUACUGGACGGUUAAGGAAAAUAGUAGGAUUCCUUUUUUUAGUAACACAUUUACAAGAAAGAGAUUCAACCAGAUAUUUUGGAUGUUGCAUUUGAAAACACCUGAUCCUGCCAAAAAUGAUAUUAGAACACUUAUUCAACGAGCAAGUAAUUUUUUAGAAUAUAUAAAUUCAAAAUUUUCGGACUAUUUUAUACCUGGAGAAAAUAUAUGCGUUGACGAAUCUGUAAUAAAAUUUAAAGGAAAAAUAAGUUUUAUUACGUACAAUCCCAAUAAACUUACCAAAUGGGGCAUUCGGGCAUACGUUUUAGCAGAUUCAGAAAUAGGAUAUGUGUAUAGCAUCCUUCCAUGUUAUGGAAGUAUCACUUCCGAAAAUCUACCAAGGCCAGAUUUACUGGUCAGUACCAGAAUUACCUUGCAUCUGUACCAACAAUUACUGAAUCGGGUACCUACCGCAAAAGGAUAUCACAUGCAUACCGACAGGUAUUACACUAGUAUACUUUUAGCUGAAGAAUUGAGAAAAAUGAAGUGCCACUUGACUGGUACCAUACAAAUAAACAGAAAAGGUGUUCCAACAACUCUGAAGAAACCAAAAUUAGAUGAAAAAAGGACUGUCGCAUACAAACAAGGAAAUACAAUGCUCUUUGCUUGGAGGGAUAAGAGGAUAGUAUCGUUAUUGAGCAACUGGCAUAAUGCUGAAAUGAUAACUACUAGAAGAUUUAUACGAGGUGGUACAAAUGAAGUAAUUGAAAAGCCAAGU